UGUUACAUCUAACCUACAAUAUUGUUUAUAAAUAUUUUAUUAUGAAAUUUUUACAUUCAAAUUGUCCAAACGAGACUUAAAUACAUUAAAUACUUGGAUUAUAAAUACAAAUGAUCAAAAGAUACGUUAGUAUAGUAUUAAAGUUAUUUGGUUUAGGAAUGGUGAUAGGGACUGGUGGUCUUUGGGCAGGGGCGGCAGUGAAAACCAGAUCUAAAUACAGAGACGAGCAAACUUUAGUUGGAGGUGCUAUAUGGAGUCAAACAAUUAUACCUAUUGGAUUUAUGAUAUCUAAGAUAGCUAAAGAGGAAUUGGAUAAGUUCGUCCAAGCUUACUUUUUGGUGUCGGGCGUAAUUAUUUUAGUAUCUACAGGAGCAUUUUUGCAUACUUAUUACUGGAUUGUUAGCUUUUGGUGCUUAUUGGACGACAAAGUACCUAAUGAAUAUGCCUGAAGCAACUAUACUUGUUACAAAUUCAACCAGUACGAUGAUGCCGGCAAAAUUGUAGCGAUAUUGACUUCAUAAAUGACGUUAUAACGUGCAUAGCUACUAUAAAGUUUGUAUGAGACAAAGGACAAUGUAGGUAACUUAAGUAUUGUAAAAAUGUUGGAACCAUUUAUUAUAUGACUUCAACCACUUCAAAUGUAAUUAUUUUGUAUUUUAGCCCUAUAAAAUGGUUGUGAAAAAGUUGUAAAAUAAUAAAUUUGUAUAAAGAAAUUAUAAUAUUAUUAACA